AUGAGGAAGACACAGUAUGAACACACUUUCUCCCAUAGCUCCGCCGGGCCCGGGGAGGCCUCCAGGCCCCGGGGACUCGGGCAGGCCGGGUGCCCGCUCCCCCGGACCCUCGGGGAACUCGGGGUCCCACAGGCGGGGGGAAGCUUUGAGCGCGUCUACCGGGGCCCAGAGGGGGAGGGGCGGCCCAGGACCAAGGCCAGCCGGGUCCCCUCCCCCGGGGCCUUCCAGGCCCCCCACAGACCCCGGCCCCGCCACCCAAGGGGGAGGAGCCAGAGGCCUCUGAAUGCCUUCAAGGCCCCCCACAGACCCCCGCCCGGCGACUCCCGCCCGGGCCGGGGCGGGACACUUUCAGUUUGCCAUUUGGGGAGGGGGCUGGCGCGCCCCCGGAGCCCCGCCUCCGGGCUCCGCCGGGCCGGAGGAGGUCACCGGGUCCCGGGGAGUCAGGCAGGACAGGUUCCCGCCCUCCGGGAGCUUCGGGGGUCUCGGCGCCCCACAAGCGGCGAGGAGAGCGGGCGGGGCGGGGCGGCGCGGCGGCCGGGCAAGGCAAGCCGCGCGCCCGGCAUGGAGCUCACCGAGCCUCCCCAGCCCCCCGGGCCAGGGGGGCGCGCUGAGAGACGUUCCUCAGCCCCGGUGGAGAACCGAGUGGUCGGGCCUCGAGAUUCGAAAAUCUGCCUCUGGAGCCAUCUGGACAUGGGCCCACAACGCCCACAUAGGACAACUAUCAACUUCUGCAAACCCUUUUCACGUCAGAAGAGGAAGAGAAUCCGUGCCCAGGGAUGGAAACUAGUCGUGGGGCCAGACGAUCUACCUACCACGGAAGCAGACCGCCUCGAAACCGUUUUUCUUUUCACCCGACCCUGGUGGGACCCUAACAUGAAUUAAGGCUUUACACUACAGCUCCAAAAACAUCUAUCACGUCGUCAGCGCCCACCGUCCGAAACCUGACACCGCGGAAGAAGAAACCCCUACUGCUGAACCUGGUGAUUUAGUGUGGAUCAGAAAAAGGAAUCCCUCCUCCCUUGAGGCACGCUGGGCUGGGCCUUAUCAGGUGAUUCUAAGUACACCGACUGCCAUGAAAGUCGCAGGUAAAAGAUUUUGGAUACAUCGCUCACAAAUUAAAAAGGCAGACUCUGACCAGAACGCAGAAUGGUCCAUACAAAAAAACAUCAGAUCCCCUAAAACUUCGGCUGCAGCGACGUACGCCAUUAUGCUGACUCUAGUAACAAUGCUAGCCGCCGAGAACCCCCAUCAAGCCACUAAUUAUACGUGGCAGUUAACUUGCACCAUUGAUGGAACAGUGGUCAGCCAGAUUAGCACCCCUGGCAGCCCUAAAUUUGUUUUUGACCUAUGUAAACUCUUUGGGAGACUCUGGAAUCUACCAGAAGCUGUAAAUACCUAUUUGAGAGGGGGAAGGGUAGAGCUUUGGGGCUUCAGUUGUGGUAAAUUAGAACUGGAACGAGGGCUAUGGCGUAGUCAACAUUAUAUCUGUCUGCAAAAAGUGCCUCAAAGUGUGGGGGAGAGGAUGAUUAUUUCUGUUAUAGUUGGGGCUGUGAAACCAUAGCCCCAUGGAAAAACGUAGAUCAUUUAUUAAAGGUCACCAGGGAGAUAAGGCCAGAAGCUCCUAUUAAAAAUUGUGUAAUUGGGAACUGUAACCCUGUUACUGUUGAACCACAGCAGCAUUGGGAAGAUUCCCAGUGGUUGGGGGGAAAAACGUGGGGAUUGCGCCUAUAUGUGUCAGGAUAUGACCCCGGAGUGUUAUUCACUAUUCAAAAAAGGAAAAUUCCUAAGCCCUUAAAUCCAAUAGGGCCCCUGGACCCCAUCGACAUCAAAAUACCUGUAACAACUACUCCUUUCCCACUUACCCAUCCUUACUCCACCAUAAAAAGCCACCCCUUAUCUUCAAAAGCAACUCCCCUCCCUCCACCUCCAAACUCCCGACAAGAGUCUCUAUUCAAUACACUUAAACUCAUGUUUAAAUUCUUAAACCAAACUUCCCCCAACUUAACUGAAGAUUGCUGGCUAUGUCUAAACCCCAAAGCACCCUAUUAUACAGGCCUGGGAGCUAACCGGAGUAUAGGAGUAACUAACAAUAACAUUCAAAAUGUCUCCCUAUCAAAUAUUCACCAAAAUUCACACUAUUGUCCCUGGGGCACUACCCCUAAACUCACUUUAGGUGACUUUCAAGGACAAGGACCAUGCUUCCAGUCCCCUCAAUUCCCUCUGUCUACUUCUCCUUACGUUAAUUCUUGCACCUCGGUAACCAUUUUUAGCAACAGCCCGGCAGGUCAUACCGGAUACUACUUAGUAGCGCCCAAAGGAACAUGGUUUCCCUGUACAACGGGGUUAACACCGUGUUUAUACCCCCCCCACCCUCAUGCAACCUAAGGCUCCAGGACUAUGCAUUCUCACCCAUGUCCCUCCCCAAGUAUAUUACUACUCUGGUGAGGGAGGUAGGGAGCACUUCGGGCUAAAUAACCUCAAACGAGUCAGGCGAGGGGGACCAAUACUAGUGCCAGUGCUCCUGGGACUUGGGGUAGCGGGGGCAACCGCAGUAGGAACCACAGCACUUGUCACAGGAGACCAAAAUUUUAAAAGCCUCAGUACUCAGAUCGACCAGGAUCUAAAAACCUUAGAAGAAAGCGUUACUAAAUUUGAGGAGUCCUUAAGCUCAUUGGCAAAAGUAGUGCUUCAGAAUCGGAGGGGACUCGACCUUGUAUUCUUAAAGCAGGGAGGGCUUUGUUUAGCCUUGGGGGAAGCAUGCUGUUUUUAUACUAACCACUCAGGUGUAAUUAAAGAAAGUUUAAACCAACUCCAAAAGAGAAUACAGGAUAGAGAAGAGCAAAGGAAAAAGGAGGCAAAUUGGUUUGAAAGUAUAUUUUCUCAAUCUCCAUGGUUAACUACCUUAAUAUCAGCAGUUGCCAGACCCCUGGCUCUUAUCACGUUAGCCUUAAUCAUAGGCCCCUGUGUCAUAAACAGUUUAGUUAAAUUUGUCCAACGACGUAUUCAAAGCGUGAAGCUUAUGGUUUUGCAGUCCCAAUACCAAUAUCAAUUCUUACCCUCGGGGGAAACAAUGAUUUGAUUCUCCCUAAAAACCAGUGGGGAAUGAAGUGGGCUCCCUCCCCUUAAUCUGUAGCAAGAGAGUCCCCUUCCCCCUCAACCGGUAAUGACUGCAAAGUAAACAUUUAAGCCCU